AUGUUCGAGCUCUUUUUUCUCGCAGUAGACAGCACCUCCACAGCUCUAGAAUGGGCUCUCGCUUAUCUCAUAACCCAUCCUAAAAUACAAGAAAGGGCUUAUCAGGAGGUAAGACUAGUUAUGGAUGGAAAAGAAGGUGGGUUGUUAUGUUUGAAGGAUUUGGGGAAGCUGCCAUACUUGCAAGCUGUUCUGAAGGAGACGUUGAGAAAAGAGUCGAUAGCGCCGCUUGCAAUUGUACACCAAACUGUGGAGGAGUCGUGGAAAGAACGAGUAUGUGCCGGAAUGGACCUUGCUAACUUUCAUGUCCCCAUCACUCUUGCCAGUUUAUUGCUUAAAUUUGAGUGGGCAUGUGUGAAGGAAGGGAGUCCUCCGGACCUAACCAGGCAUAUUCCUUCCUUACUCGUGUCUAUGAAAUAUCCAUUGGAGGCUCGCAUAACCUGCCGUUAG